AUGAAAAAUCAGUUGAACAGUAUAGGAUUAUUUCAUUCUGUGGAAGCAAUUUAUACAGGUGGAGCAAUCCAGUGGAGUUUGGAUGGGAAAACAUUGUUUUCAGCUUGCGGCAAUUAUAUCAGGGCGUCGAAUGUUGAUGAUGGAAGAGAGAGUUACAAGAUUGGAAACGAGGAGGAUCAGUUAAGAAUAUCAACUUUCUCGUUGAACGAAGAUUAUAGUUCCAUCGUAGUGGCUUACACGAAUGGUCUUUUACGAAGUUACCGAUUGCCAUUACUAGAAAAUGGUUCUGCAGUAGUAAAUCCUGAGAUAGUCCGUCAGUGGAAAUCAACUCAUGCAGCCCCGGUUUUAGUCAUGAAAAAUUUCGGAGGUGACACAUUACUUGCUACUGGAUCAGCUGAUUUUGUUGUCAAGAUUUGGAAUCUUGAAGAGCGCAGCUGUGUUGGAUCAUUGAAAGGUAAAAGCACUGUAAGUGCUAUCGAAUUUCUUGAUAAAUCCCGUGUAAUGGUUGGCUAUGUAGAUGGCAGCUCAUCAUUAUUCUGUUUAGAAACUCCAAAGAAAUUGAUUUUUCGGUGGACUAAUCACACAAGCCAGAUUGUAAGCAUAAUUAUUCGACAAUUACCGGAAGUUGUUUUUGUGAGUCGUGAUCAAACGUUGUCAAUUGUUAACGUGGAUAGUUAUGAAAAAAUAAAAGUGCUUCCCUUGUAUGAACCAAUCGAAGCAGCAGUUUUCGUGUCUGGUUCGUUGUUCACAGUAGGAGAGGAAGGUGUUCUAAAGUGUUGGAAUAUGGAGAAUGCAAAAUUACUAAAAUCUGCGAGUAUAUAUGGGUCUCGCAUUAAUUCUAUUAUUUAUAAUCAAAUUUGCAAAAAAUUUCUGCUGGCUACCUCGGAUUUCAACGUUUUUUGGGUCGAUGAAGAAACUUUCAAAAUUGAGCGGCAGUUUGCUGGCUUCAAUGAUGAGAUUUUUGAUGUUUGCUUUUGUGGACCAAAUUUGAAAUACUUGGUUGCAGCUACAAACAGUUCUGAAUUGCGCUUGUAUGAUACAAAUACAUGGUCUUGUCAUCUUAUUACUGGUCAUACUGAUAGUGUGCUCUCACUCUCAACUGCUCCGUGGGAUUCAAAGUUUUUAGCAAGUUCUUCCAAAGACAAUACUUUUAUUCUUUGGCAUGUAGACUUGAACGGUGAUGACGAAAUUAAAGCGGAAAAGGUAGGCUUAGCUACUGGACAUACUAAUAACGUCACGCGUGUUCGGUAUUCCAACAGUUCCAAGCAUUGUUUCAUUGUUUCAGUAUCAAAUGAUACUACUAUCAAAUUAUGGCCAUUGAAAAAUCUCAAGGAAAAAACAGAAGAUUUGAAAUUGCAGUCAUCAGCAACAUUAGUGGCGCACGCAAAGGACAUAACUUGCUUAGAUAUUAGUUUGAAUGACCGCUUAUGUGUUACUGGUUCCAUGGACAAGACAGCGAAGUUAUGGCAUAUCGAAACUGACAAAAUGCAUUUUACCAUAGGUGGCAUGCUAAAUGGUCAUCGCCGUGGAGUUUGGGAUGCUCGUUUUUCACCUAGCACUCAGGCUGUGAUAACGUGUAGUGGUGAUUGCAUGAUUAGAAUAUUUUCGUUACCAAGUCGAGAUUGCAUCGCCACAUUAACCGGACAUCCGUCUGCUGUACUGAAUGGAGUUAUAGUAAAUAGUGGAAAGCAGAUAAUAUCUGCGGAUAGCGGUGGUUUACUUAAAAUAUGGGAUAUUGCUACCAAUGAAUGCAUCACAACAAUGGAAGCUCAUGAUGAGAAAAUAUGGGCUUUACAAGUAGCUAAUAACGAAAGCCGAUUUGUUACGGCAAGCAGUGAUGGACGUAUAAGAAUCUGGGAAGAUAUUUCUGAAAAAAAACGCGAAGAGGAAGAACGUAAUCGAGCAGAAAAAGCGCACAAUGAGCAAAUUCUGACAAAUCUUAUGCAACAGAAUCAUUACGCCGAAGCUUUAGCUUUUUCAUUGACAUUGGCGAGACCGUACAGUUGUUUGAAAAUAAUACGGGAAAUGAUGGAGCUAAAAUCAGAUGAACUACAUAGUGCAGUCAAAAAAUUGCGGAGAGAAGAGUUAGUGGUACUAUUGGAUUUCGCCUCACAGUGGAAUACAAAUAGUCGAACAGCAGAUAUUGCUCAAUUAGUACUCUAUUACGUUUUGCAUUCAUUCUCUCCCGAGGAGUUAUUAAAAAUGCCUAAUUUUGCUUCAUUGAUAGAAGCAUAUAUUCCAUACACUAUCAGGCAUUUCGAUCGAAUAACAAGAGCUCGACAAAAUGCUGCAUUUCUGAACUACACUUUAGCGCAAAUGACGCUUUCAAAUUUAUAG